GACACGCGCUGGCAACAUUACGGACCAUUAACGGUGUAUAGCCGUAGAUAUCAACCUUAGUUGUUCGAGUGAACUUUGAGGGUUCUAAGUUGAGGCAACAUCUCGGAAGUAGUUGCGUCCGAGAAUCACGUAAAAUACUUUGCACGGAGUGAUGAAUCUCUUUUCACAAGUCAUUUCAAGAGGGGUGUCUCGGCCCUCAGAGAGUGAGCAUGGGGCACCACCAAUAUCGAGGCCGUGAGGAUUCGUGUUGGAAUAUGCCAUGGCCUAUUCCAAUAGAUUUGGGAGGGCCGAGGACUCCAAUUUAUCCGAGUUGCGUAUAGUUUCUUAGUUUAGUUUAUGUUCUGGGAGACAUCAGAAAAGGCCGAACGUCUAUCCGAUCGGAGAGCACUGCUAGCGGUUACUGCUGUUUUACCGGCUCCUCUUCUUGUUGGCCUCUGUUGCGGUUUUACCGCUCCUGUCAUCGACACAAUGCAGAAUACUGUUGCCACUCCAGAUGGGGAACAUAUCGAAAUUGGCGUUAACUCAGAUCUCUUCGUCUUUGAUUCGACGAUGGUCGCGAGUUUCUUCAGCGCUGCCCUCACUCUGGGUGCUCUUAUCGGUACUCUCUCAGGAGGUCCCAUCGCUGAACGUACAGGUCGACGAGUCGCUCUCCUAAUCGCUGGCCCUCUCAAUGUCGCGGCUUUCCUUAUUAUUGCUCUCUGUAAGAAUAUCCCAGCUCUCAUCAUAGCACGGCUAAUAGCCGGGUUUUCUAUGGGUAUAUGCUCCUUCAUAUGUUCUGUAUAUAUCAGUGAGAUUUCGCCGACUAGACUGCGUGGUCUAUUGGGUAGCUGUACUCAAUUGCUUAUGGGUUUGGGUAUAUUGCUUGUUUACAUUCUAGGAGCUGUGUGUCGCACAGAUGGAGGGUCCUCCGAUCCUCUGGCCACUUCUAAGACAUUCUGUCGUUGGCGUUUGGUCGCGUAUAUCUGCCUCAUUCCUGGUGCAUUGUUGACUAUUGCUAUGUUCUUCGCUCCUGAAACUCCAAGAUGGCUUGCAACUCGCGGUAGGCUGCAAGAAGCGGAGGAAACAUUGUGUAGACUCAGAGAUGUCGAUUCUGUCGCCGACCCGAGAAUUGCAGAGGAAGUCAAAGCUCUUGAAGAUAUCGUUGAAAACCUAGGGAAAAGAAAAGGAGGAUUAUCCGACUUGAAGAGGAGGUUCGAUAUUCUAUGGCAUUGUCCAAAGCAAGUUGCUAUCGUAACGCUGACUAACAUCGGUACACAAUUCUCUGGUACCAAUGCUCAAACCUUCUACCAGGAUACUAUAUUCCAAGCGGCUGGGUUGAAGAACUCAUCAGUCCUUGCUAUAACAGUACGAGUAUCGAGUACAGUAGCGACGUUACCGAGUAUGUACCUAUUGGAUCGUGUCGGGCGCCGGCCUCUUCUCAUCAGCAGUUGGAUAGGCAUCACAAUUAGUCAGCUUUUGAUGGGUAUCUUCUUCUACCUCGAUCGGGAUGGUGAUGCACAACAUCUUGCCUGGCUCGCUCUAUUAGCAACCUAUGGUUAUCAGUUAUCAUACUCUUGGGGUUGUGGUCCUAUUAGAUGGAUGCUCGCCUCAGAGAUCUUCCCAGACGAGGCACGAGGCUUGGCGUCUGCUAUUGCUACUACGUCCAAUUGGACUGGGGCGUUCUUCUUUGUCCUCUUCCUCGAGUCUUGCAUUGAGGCAACUUCAAUGCAAGCUGCUUUCUUCUUCUUCUCCUGUGUCGGUGCUCUCAUGACAGUGUUCGAGUGGUAUAUGGUACCAGAGACCAAAGGUAAAACCUUCGAAGAGAUUCAAGAGAUGUUCGACAAUUAGCUGAUCGUUGUUUUCCGACCGGCUUCUUCUGCCUGGUUUCUUCACAUUCUAUGUAUAUUCUGCACUGUUGAGAGUGACCCUGGGUCAUUGCCCCAUCCGUCAUAUUUCUC